AUGGCCGGCGAGCGCUGCAGCCCGCUGCUGCUCAUGGCGCUCCUGGCCGCCUGGGUGGCGGCGGCGGCGGCGGCGGCCGCGGAGGAGGAGGAGGCCGCGCCCCAGCACGCCGUGCCGUCGGCCGAGCAGAGCAUGGUGCUCCCCAUGACUGCCGCCAACUGGACGCUGGUGAUGGAGGGCGAGUGGAUGCUGAAAUUUUAUGCCCCUUGGUGUCCAUCCUGCCAGCAGACUGAUUCGGAAUGGGAGACAUUUGCAAAGAAUGGGGAACUCCUUCAUAUCAGUGUGGGGAAGGUCGAUGUCAUUCAAGAACCAGGUUUGAGUGGCCGCUUCUUUGUCACCACUCUCCCAACAUUUUUUCAUGCAAAGGAUGGGAUAUUCCGUCGUUACCGUGGCUCAGGAAUCUACAAAGAACUGCAGAAUUAUAUCUUAGAGAAGAAGUGGCAAUCAGUUGAGCCUCUGACUGGCUGGAAAUACCCGGCUUCUUUAACGAUGUCUGGAAUGGCUGGCCUUUUUAGCAUCUCUGGCAAGAUAUGGCAUCUUCACAACUAUUUCACAGUGACCCUUGGAAUGCCUGCUUGGUGUUCUUAUGUCAUUUUCGUCAUAGCCACCUUGAUUUUUGGCCUUCUCAUGGGUCUGGUUUUGGUAUUAAUAUCAGAUUGUUUCUAUUUGCCAUUUCCAAGGCAUGAAUCUGAACAUUCCGAGCAGAGUCGGAAGUCAGAGGAGGCUCAUAGGGCUGAAUGUUUGCUGGAUGCAGAGGAUGAAAAAGAUGACUCAAAUGAAGAAGAAAACAAGGACAGCCUUGUAGACGACGAGGAAGAGAAAGAAGACUUUGGUGAUGAGGACGAACCAGAGGAAGAUGAGGAGGAGGACAACCUGGCUGCUGGUGCAGAUGAGGAGACGACUGAUACCCAGGACCAGGAGCCCCCGAGGGAGCCCCUGGAGGACAGAGGACCCACUGAGCCUGAGGAGCCUCGUCCAUCUGACACGGAAGACACAUUGAGGCAGCGCAAAAGUCAGCAUGCUGAUAAGGGACCAUAG